AUGGGUGAGCCAAAACAGACGCUUUACAUACGCGGUCUCCCAGAUAAGCCGUCCGCUGAGGAGGUGCGGCGUUUACUAUACUUGUAUUGCACCCAGUUUGGACCUGUGAUUGAUGUGUUGUAUUGUAAGAGUAAAAGCAUGUACGGGCAGGCCUUUGUCGUAUUCACAGAUGUUGCCACCGCCACAAAUGCUCGUCGCGAGCUACAUGAACGUCAAUUCUACGGGCGGAUUAUACAGGCGUUCUAUGCCAAGCGGCAAUCGUUCAGUGCGGACCCCGGAGAGCGACGCCGCCGGGACUUGAGACAGGAACGCGUGUCCGGGGGGAAGAGGAGACGGGACACGCAAGCGGGGUAG